AUGGCGCCGCUACCAGAAUUUAAAACAGACUCUGCCGGCUACUUUUGGCUGAAGGCCUCACCUGGUCGAGGGAUAAAGACUUCCAAGGGAUAUGUCGCCGUAUUUGUGUGCCUCGUCGUGAAGGCUAUCCACCUGGAAGUAGUCUCCGACCUAACGACGGACGCCUUUCUAGCUGCCUACCGGCGCUUCGUCGCUCGGCGCGGUCUCUGCCAAGUCUUAUACAGCGACAACGGCACGACCUUGAAGGGCAGUGAAGCCGAGCUGCACAGAUUCUUUUCUGAGACAUCCGCCACCGGGCAAGCUGUGGCAGCUGCGGUAGCCUCCGACGGAGUGGAGUGGCGCUACAUCCCGCCCCGCGCUUCAAACUUUGGGGGCAUUUGGGAGUCCAACGUUAAAUCAAUGAAGCGUCAUCUUUACAAAGUCAUCGGCGACUCUAAGCUCACGUACGAGCAAUUUUCGACUGUGCUGGCCAGCAUAGAAGCCAGCCUCAUCUCUCGACCAAUCAGCGCACCAAGCUCUGAUCCAAACGACGUCUCGGCGCUGACGCCCGGACACUUUCUUAUCGGGAAGCCUCUCGUCGCUCUUCCAGAGCCUUACACAGAGGUCAAUCAACGGAGGAAAUGA